AUGAGAUUUCAGAACUCGAACACAGCGAACCUCGAUAUCGACAUGGAUCUCGGAGGAGAUUUUUCCUUGGCCGGUCCGGGGACGACAGGUCAGAGUCAGUACGCGGCGAUGACAGGACAGAACGGGAGCAUGCAGAACUUCUCUAACCGGGACAGUAUCAUGAGAGGUCGGGCCGACAUAGUCAUUGACCCGGCCUUGCUGGCUCUCAGUGGCCCAGGUGAGACUUCCAAUCCCCCUGCUAACGCUUUCCAGGUUCAUCGAACGGGGGAUAAUAGCUUCUGGGCUGUUCGGGGAGCGAACAGCAACUUCGGCUUCAAUGCUCCAGGACAGGGGUUGAACAACAACGUCGACGCCCUUGUGAGCCCGUUCAAUGUUGGGAACUAUCAAUCUCGCUACCCUGAAGUCCCGGGUAGCAGCUUCAACGCUACUGCGCAGUCAGGAAGCGAUGGACCCCAUCUAGGUGAGAUACCCGAUGCCAGUGGCCCCUACUAUAUUAACCCAACUCAGUUCGCGGCGGGCGAUGUCGAUCCAAGCCCAGACACCGACAUGGAGACCGAGCUCCCCGGCUUCACAAACUUCGCCGCAGGCUAUGAGGCAGGCUACCACGACGGUACGGCAGCCGCCCUUGCAGCGCCUCCCGCUGCCAAUCCUCCCGCACCAACAAAAACAGGUAAGACCGCCAAACCCUCCACCCGCUCCACCCGCCGCGCAGCGCCCUACCCACUUGCAGCGCGUCCUCCCCCGCGCGCCUCCGCCCUCCCUACCAUUCCCGAUGCAGUCCAAACCGUCGUCGCGCGCCUCCUGCAUCCACCCCGCGACGCAACACGGAAGAACGGCCAUCUGGAACGGCGGUGGCUUGCGCUGACCCUUCCCGAGCAUUUCCCCAAGUGUGGGGGAUAUCGGCUGCGCAAGAGGUCGCCGCUGUGGAAAUACGGCGCUGAGGCGCUGCGCAUACCGCCUAGGUACUGGCAGUGGCUCAAUGGUGGGUUGGUUGACUACUCGGUGCAGGAGCUUGAUGCCGACACACUUGAGAUGGAGGGGUUGGUGCCCGCAGCCGAAGCUGAAGCAGACGACGGAGCCACGGCCGCGGAAGCGGCGCUUGCGGAGGCCUUGGAUGUCCAGCCCCCCGCCUCCACAACCCCGCCGAACGACCUCGAAGUCUCCCCCGAGAUCCAAGCGGUGAUGCAGCGCAUGCUCGCCCCGGACGACAAGGCUCUCUGGCACGGGUCCGGCCGCCUCAAGCGCUCGUGGCUCGCGAAGGAGUUCCCGAAGCAUUUCCGCAGGAACGAUCACCAUCUCAAGCCGGGGUCGAUGUUAAGGACUUAUGGGCCUGCCAGGCUGGGGAUUCCGGAGGAGCUGUGGCGGUUUUUGACGGGGGAGGCGGAGGUGUAUGUCUGGCCAGGGAGGGAGGUCCUGGGUAGGAGGAUUCAGAAGAAGAAGAAGAAGGGGGAGGUGGGUGAGUGCUAG